AUGUAUAGUAAUUACAUUGGCGACGGCGACACCAAAACAUUUCUUAGCAUCCUGAACAGUGAUCCAUACGGCGACGAGUGCACAGUGACCAAAAACGAGUGCGUGGGACAUGUACAAAAGCGCAUGGAUAAAUUACCUCGCCACGAUAAAUGCCCGGAAGGCGUUGAAAGCUGGUGUGAGUGGCGCAAAGCGGAAGCGUCAAACACCCUGGCUGCUUUUAAACAUCCACCACGUGUAAUUGACGAACAUGUCGAGAAGCACAUUCGUCCUGUGUACGAGGAAUUAUCUAAGGACGAUCUGCUAACGAGAUGUUUAGGUGGACACACACAAAAUGCGAACGAGUCGUUCAAUUCCACUGUGUGGCGCAUCGUACCUAAACACCUUAACUCAGGCUUAAAAAUCGUCGAGAUUGCUGCUUACAUCGCUGGAGGAAUUUUCAAUGAAGGCUACAGUGCAGCAUUGAAAACCAUGCAAUUGCUAGAUUUAAAAAUUGGACAGCAAUGCAACAAUUUCGUCACCCGACAAAACAGGCGCGAUUCAUUUGAAAGUAAAGAGGCCAGAACAGCCCGCAGACUCAAACAUCAGGGCGAAAACCAGUUUUUUGAAGAGUCUGAAGGGCAACUGUAUGGACCAGGAAUCGCUGAUUAG